AUGGAGGACGAGAGAGAUUGGGGUCCAAAACUCUUUAGGGUAUUAAAUGCUUGGUUUUUACACAAAGAUUUUCAGAAGUUUUGGGAGUUGAGUUGGAAAGAGCCUAGUGUCGUAGGCUGGGCUGGUUUUAUUUUGUUUCAAAAAUUGAAGAGAUUGAAAGGUAGCCUUGGAAGUUGGAAUGUGGAGGUCUUUGGCAAUGUACAAAAUAAACUGAAGGCAGCAGAGGGUGAACUCCAUAAUUUUGAUAUCUUGGCUGAAGAUGGAGAACUUGAUGGUGCUGAAAAAGUUAGGAGAAGUGAAGUCAGAGCUGAGAUAUGGAGGUUGAGCAGGAUGGUUGAACGGUUAUGGUUACAAAAGUCAAGACUUACCUGGGCAAUGAAAGGGGAUAAGAAUACAAGAUACUUCCAUGUGGUUGCAAAAGGCAGAACUAUUAGAAAUGAAAUAAAUUCUAUACUAGAUGGGGAGGUGGUGGUGGAAGAUCCGGGUCAAGUGAAGUGCAAGGUGUUUGAUCAUUUUAAAAAUCAGUACACAAAGCAUUGGUCAUCAAGACUUGUGUUGGGGGGUUGCUUCUCAACAGUGAUAGGCAGGGGGAGGUCUGGAUGGUUAGAAUCAGAUUUUCCAGUAGCAGAAAUUAAAUCAGCAGUGAUGGAUUGUGAUGGGAAUAAGGCUCCGAGAUCGGAUGGGUUUAAUUUGAUGUGUUAUCAGAAGUUCUGGAAAGUCAUGAAGGGUGAUGUGGUUCAGUUUGUGAAAGAAUUUUAA